CGGGUACUUCCGGGUUACAUGUCACAUGACCUGUCUCUGCUGCUCUCUGCGGCUGCGUGAGGAGGAGGCCGAGGAACCCGUCAGGUUGAGGCUGCAGGAGAGACAACAGCAUUGUCAUUAUAUACAUAUUGUUUUCAGUCCGACAGAAAGAGCCAUGAAUCCUGAUAUCACCAGAGAGAGGAACAACGCCACUUUUGACGUCGAGAAACUGACGCACAUCUUGGACGGGAGCCCGGAGAAGACCAGGAGACGGAGAGAGAUUGAGUCAAUGGUUCUCAGCGACCCGGACUUCCAGGAGGAGGACCCAAACUUCCUGUCCCGCAGUGAGCGCUAUGACCAGGCUGUUAGAAAAAGUGCCCAAAUGAUCCUGAAGCUCAGAGAGUAUGGCAUUGCCGACCCAGAGGAGAUCUACUGCUACAAGAACUGUGUGCACCCAGACAGGCCAGAGCCCUUGGAUCUCCAUCUGGGGAUGUUCCUGCCCACACUGCUCAACCAGGCCACCCCAGAGCAAAUGGACCGUUUCUUCAUGCCCGCCUGGAACCUAGAGAUCAUCGGCACCUACGCUCAGACUGAGAUGGGCCACGGCACACACCUCAGGGGGCUGGAGACCACAGCCACAUAUGACCCAGCCACGCAGGAGUUUGUCCUAAACAGUCCCACAGUCAGCUCCAUCAAGUGGUGGCCCGGAGGACUUGGAAAGACCUCCAACCAUGCCAUAGUUCUAGCCCAGCUUUUUACUCAGGGAAAUGGCCACGGUCUGCAUGCUUUCAUCGUACCCAUCCGCGACAUGGACACACACGUUCCCCUGCCAGGUAUUGUGGUUGGAGAUAUCGGCCCCAAGUUUGGCUUCAGUGAAGUUGACAACGGCUUCCUGAAACUAGAGAACGUGCGAAUCCCGCGGGAGAACAUGCUGAUGAAAUACGCCAAGGUGGAGCCGGAUGGCACCUAUCUGAAGCCCCCAAGCGCCAAGCUGACCUACGGCACCAUGGUGUUCAUCCGCUCCAUGAUCGUAGGCGAGUCAGCCCGGGCCCUCUCCAAAUCCUGCACCAUCGCCAUCCGCUACAGCUCUGUGCGACACCAGUCUGAAAUCAGGCCGGGAGACCCAGAGCCUCAGAUCCUCGAUUUCCAGACGCAGCAGUACAAGCUGUUCCCUCUGCUGGCUAUGGCCUAUGCCUUCACUUUUGUCGGUCAGUAUAUGAACCAGACCUACCAACGCAUCAGUGGAGACAUCAACGAGGGGGACUACAGUGAGCUGCCUGAGCUCCAUGCCCUGUCUGCGGGUCUGAAGGCCUUCACCACGUGGGCAACCAACUCUGCCAUCGAGGUGUGCCGCAUGUCAUGUGGCGGCCACGGCUACUCCCGCAGCAGCGGCUUGCCGGACAUUUACGUCGAGUUCACCCCCACGUGCACCUACGAGGGAGAGAACACAGUCAUGAUGCUGCAGACUGCGAGAUACCUGGUGAAGAGCUACCGGCAGGCUAAGGCCGGACAGCAGCUGAGCGGCAUUGUGUCGUAUCUGAAUGAACCAAAGCAUCAGAGGGUCCAGCCCCAGCCCGUCGCUGCCAGGCCAACCGUGGUCGACAUCAACGACCUGGUUAGCCUGGUGGAGGUCUACAAACAGAGAGCUGCCAUUCUAGUUGAGCUUGCAGCUAAGAGCAUCCAGCAGGAGUUGCAGCGCAGGAAGUGCCAGGAGGACGCCUGGAACAACAGUUCUAUUGACCUGGUCAGAGCCUCAGAUGCCCACUGUCACUAUGUUGUAGUGAAGCUCUUUACUGACAAGCUUGGGGAGAUCGGUGACACAGGGAUACACUCGGUGCUGUCGACCCUUGCUCUGCUGUACGCCCUGGAUGGCAUCAAAAAGAACUCUGGAGACUUCCUUCAGGCUGGACUGCUGAAUGUGCCCCAGGUGCUGCUGGUCUCUGUGCGUGUCAAGGAGCUGCUGUCUCAGCUGAGGCCCAACGCCGUGGCGCUAGUCGACGCCUUUGAUGUCCACGACAAGAAGCUGAACUCGGUCCUGGGACGAUAUGAUGGCAACGUCUAUGAGAACUUGUUCGAGUGGGCACGCCGCUCACCGCUGAACGCCACAGAGGUCCAUGAAUCCUUCCACAAGUACCUGAAGCCUCUGCGGGCCAAACUGUGAGCUGAACCCUGGCACCUUGAUUCCUGGCUGAUACCCAUCAACGAUGCAUUUAUAAGCACAACCUUAGCCACAUUAACACAUCAUAUCUACCCCAUGUUUAGCUGGUAUUUACCAGGCUGCAGUAAUGUAGCCUUUUGAUGUUGAUGGCCAUACUGAGCCUCUCUAAAGGCCCUGGUAUACUGCAGCAUGUUGGGGCUGUCUACACAGUGGGCUCUAAACAGGGAGGACAUCCUAAACAAUCUAAAUACAAUGGAAUUAUUGAGGGUAAUGGAAGCAAAACCGGGAAUGAAAAUUCUACAUUAAAAUCUCUAGUGAACUCAUUAAUUCGUGAAAAAAAAAAAAUAGCUUUAAGAAUACUGACAACAAUCAAGUAAUUGCGGUUUUAGAUUUCUAUGUUCUGUAGAGAGAUUUCAAUUGUCAAGUUUCUUAACAUUUCAUUUUCCCCAUCUUCACUUUCUGCUGCGUGCCUGAUGGCUCCGCUGUGUGAGCCAGCCAAGAUGGAAAUGCUGUUUGUUUUUUUCUUUUUUUCUCUAACAAGAACAGAAUGUUAUUAUGAACGUUACACAUAUCGGAGCACUUUAUGUGAGGAACAAACCAACAGCUAAAUCCCUUUUGGUUGUUUCCCCUGACGACGAGGACCAACAUUUUAAUUGAAAAGACACUGUGCCAUUUGUAAUAGCUGUAAUUAAAGAGGCAGUAGUUUAUCCACAACCUUUAUCAACUGCUGUAGGCAUUAAGAAAGAAAUGCACAGGGUUGUGGCAACUGUUCUUCCUCACAAGUCUGUGGCAACCCCCCGUACCCGUGAACAAUGGUGUAAUAUGACUGACUUACAUUAACAGCCGAGAACCAAUAGAAACAUCAAGUGAAUGUAUAGAAUAUUCCCCUUAAAAUACCGUUGGCGUCAGUAGAUAAAACCUCUGCAUAUACACCAGCUGUUCUCCAGAGCAGUACGAAUUAAAAAUGCCUUAAAUGUCACUGUCCUACAUCGUAUCAGACUGUUCCUCACAGCCUUAAGUUGAUACUUCCCUUAAAGUUUAUGCUUUUAGAAUCAAAUACUCUCCCUUUAGGCUUCCUUUUGUAGAGAACAGUUCAGCUUGAAUUAAUGACAGUCACAAUGGUUUUAACUUUUAAAAUCUUCCACUUGCUGUAUUUCAAUCAAAAGGGUUAAACAAUUUGCCUUUUACUCUGAUCCCCACCGCCCGUCACACCUUGUUCUGUAUAAUGAAUAAACUGGUCAUACUUUAACGAUCAACUUCACAGAUACCAGCGUGUACUGAGGCUGAUCUCAAUAGAGAGAAUAGGGCCCAUCGAGACACUACGAAUGUGAGACAGUGGAAUUAUUUACAAAGAUUUACCAGAGAUUAAAUUGACCACUUUGGGAUGAUUUGUUCGAAAUGCCUCAAAGCUGAGCUGUGGCGUCUCUCUGUCAAGCAGCGUGUUCUGUCUUUAGAGUGAAUGAUGGCACUAUUCUCUGCGUCCACAUGCUCCUUAAUUUGUGUUUGUGUGACAGAAAGCUUUCUGCAGAUAAUGGGGAAAUAUGUAAAAUGUGCACAGAGCACCUGUGUAGACAGGCUUUUUUGAAUUUAUGACUGUAAUUGAGUAUUUAAUGAGGCCACAUAUGCACUAUGUAUGUGAAUUAGUAUUCUCCCUCCCUGCUGUGUGGGGUUGAUAUAUUCUAAAGAAGGGUCAAAACACAUUUCAAACCACAAACUUUAAAUUAAUCCUGUGUUAAUAUGCUGCAAUGUUCAAAUCCUGCUGACUGAAUUAUUCUGGUUCAUAUAUGAUGAAAUAUGUGCUAACUGGAUCUAUUUCUUUAUUGAUUAAUGCUACCCUAUCUGUUAUUAAAGUUUCAGAAUCAAAAUACGUUUUAGAAAAGUGAAUAAGCAAGCAGGAAUAUAUAAUAUUUAGAAUUGGUAGAUUUGUGCUCUUGGUUUAUCUCAGUGGGCAGAAGUUUAUUUUUGUCACUUAGCAACCAAAUCCACCAGGCUGGUGAAUAAUUGUAGCAGCAGAACGACUCCAGUAAGAUUCAAUCAAGUUUUUUUGUGACUGUAAUGACAUGACUAUUAAAAGGAGAACUUUAUCCAAAGCCUCACUUUGAACUGUAAGAUGAUUAGUGGGAUAAUUAUGUGCCUGAGGAAGAUGUCCUGUCUUAAUCUUAUCAACUUAGUGUUAGUACAAGGUGAAUAGUAUUUAAUUUCUGCAUUUGUGUGACUUCAAAUCCGUUAAUUUCUGCCAUAAGGGCAUUAUUAUCAAUAUGUAACGACUAAGCUCUUUGUUAACCAUAUUUGUGUGAUUUUUUGAAUAAUGAUUUAAACAAUAUGAUUCUAAUGGUUGGUAAAUAAUUUCAUCUGUAAGUUAAAUAAAUUAAAAAAAGUAAU